GGUGGGGGCUGUCAGUGCGUCAUGCGCGCGCAGCGGUCUCCACCGGAGAGCUCCGCGCGCAGCUCCUGUCAUGCUGCGUCCCUCACCGACGGCCGUCUGACACCCCGCGCUCGCCAUGGAGUCCUGGAGGCAGUGCGCGCUGUGGCUGAUCAGCUGCAGGGUGCUGCCGCCGAACCACCGGGUCACCGGCGCCACGGCGCAGGUGUUCGACCUGGCGCAGACCCUGCGGGACGGGGUGCUGCUGUGCCAGCUGCUGAACAACCUGAGGGCGCACAGCAUCAACCUGAAGGAGAUCAACCUCCGGCCGCAGAUGUCCCAGUUCUUGUGCCUGAAGAACAUCCGGACCUUCCUGACCUGCUGCUGUGACGUGUUUGGACUGAAGAAGAGCGACCUGUUUGAAGCUUUUGACCUCUUUGAUGUUCGAGACUUUGGAAAGGUCAUGGACACUCUUUCCAGGCUCUCACACACAGCAGCCGCUCAGCAGGGAGGAUUUAAACCGUUUCCAACUGAGGAGAGCCUGAAAGACGAAGACAUUUACAGCAAUCUGGAGGACCUCCUUGAUGAGAAUACUCCUGAGGAUGAAGAUGACCUGUACGCAGCAGUCUAUGGCCUGGAGGACGAGUACGCAGGGCUGGAGAUCUAUGAAGACCUGAUGAGGACGGAGCAGCAAAUGUCUAUGAAGCAGGCAGAGGUGGACGUUCGAAGCUGCUGCCUUUCUGAGAUCAAGCAGACGGAAGAGAGAUACACGGAGACCCUGGAGUCCAUCGAGAAGUAUUUCCUGAACCCGCUGAAGAAGUUCUUCUCUGCAGCGGAAAUCGAUAAAGUUUUUCUCAACAUCCCUGAUCUGGUUAAACUUCACAAGAGUCUGAUGGUUGAUCUGCAGGAUUCCAUCCUGAACAAAAACGCCCUGAAUCUCCACCAGAUCUUCAUCAGCUACAAAGACAGACUACUCAUUUAUGGGAUUUACUGCAGUCAGGUGGAGAUCGCCAUCGCAGUUUUGGACUUCAUUGUCAAAGAGAAAGAGGAUGUUCGACUGAAACUGGAGGAAUGCUCCAAAAGAGCCAACAAUGGGAAGUUCUCCCUGAGAGACCUGCUGGUCGUCCCGAUGCAGCGAGUCCUGAAGUACCACCUCCUCCUGCAGGAACUGGUCAAACACACAAACGAUGCUGCAGACAGGAGCAACCUGAGGACCGCUCUCGAUGCCAUGAAAGACCUCGCUCAGUACAUCAACGAAGUGAAGCGGGACAACGAGACUCUGAGGGAGAUCGACCAAUACCAGAGGUCCAUCGAAAACCUGAAUCAGCCCCUCAUAAGCUUUGGUCGGCCAAAAGGAGAUGGAGAAGUUCGUCUGGUUUCCUCAGUAGACAAGAAGAAACUGGACAGACACAUAUUUUUGUUUGACGUGGCAGCUAUUGUCUGCAAACGGAGAGGAGACAACUACGAGAUGAAGGAGGUUCUGGACCUGAACGUCUUCAAAGUUACCAACAACCCCACACCUGACAGAGAGGGCAAAAAGUGGUGCUACAGCUUCUACGUGACCCACCAGCAGGGCCACACCGGCUUUGAACUCUUCUUCAAGACCAGAGAGCUGAAGAAGAAGUGGCUGGAACAGUUUGAAAUGGCCAUUUCAAAUAUCCGACCGGAAAAGGCCAACCACAACUCCCACCAGUUCAGGAUGCACUCCUUUGAGAGGAUCACCUCCUGCAGCUACUGCCACCUCCUGCUUAGGGGCAUCUUCAACCAGGGUUACCUCUGUGUCAAAUGUGGGCUGGGGGCUCAUAAGGAGUGUUUGGGUCGGCUUGGAGUCUGUGGAAGAACAGACGCCGUCAAGCCGAGGCCGCGGGAAAAUGCAGCAGCUCCAGACGCAGGUUUACCUCGGAUGGUCGCUAUCAGAGACUACAGCGGCGUCCCCUGUCCGCAGUGUGGGCCCCCCCUGAGCUUCCACGCAGGGGACGUGAUGGAGCUGAUCUUUGCAGACGUGCACAGCUCCUGGUGGCAGGGCAAAAUUCUGGCGACAAGUAAGACUGGCUUCUUUCCAAGCGACGCUGUGAGGCCUUGUCCAUGUGUUCCAAAACCCGUGGAUUACUCCGGCCAGCUCUGGAUGAUUGAUGGCAUUGUAAGUGUAGUAGUUGUUCAUGGAUGGUUCAGGUUUGCAGGCCCUCUGGAGAGAUACCAGGCGGAGGUGGAGCUCCUCAACCAGGAAAACGGAACCUAUCUGAUCCGACACAGAAGUAAAGAGUGUAAUGAAUACGCCAUCAGCAUAAAGUUCAGCGAUAAGGUGAAGCACAUCAAAAUUCUGACCAAGGAUGGAGGCUUUUACAUCGCUGAGAGUCGGCUCUUCAAGACGGUGCUGGAGCUGGUGGAUUACUACAAGCAGCACUCUCUGAAGGAGGGCUUCAGCAGCCUGGACACCACUCUGCAGGUUCCCUACAGGGAACCGGACAACGGAAACACGCCCAGGGCCAUUUCCAGGGCGGGCAGUGUUUUCUCUCUGGUUCCUUCUGGGGGCUGCAGCUUUGUUCCUCCCAGCUUCUCGCCCUUCUGGUCAGUCUUCUCCCCCAGGGUGGUGGGCGUGGCCGUGGCGCGCUACGACUUCAGCUCCAGAGACACGCGCGAGCUGUCGCUGCUGCAGGGAGACGUCAUCCGGAUCUACAGCAAGAUGUCCAACGGCUGGUGGAAAGGAGAAGUCGGCGGCCGGGUGGGCUGGUUUCCCUCCACCUACGUGGAUGAAGAAGACUGACUGCUCAGAGGGUGACGUCAUUUCAGUCGGUCGUUCCUCCAAACCCAGACGCUCGGACGUGAAAGGAGAGGACAACGGUCCCCCGCCGGACUUCCUGUCACAUCAGAGAUUCCUGGCGUGUCACUGGAUGUCCUGCAGCCCCAUCUGCCCCAUGGAGGAACAAGUGCUGCCCCUAGAUGCCCUUCCUCUCUUCCCGCCCACCCUCUGAUAGAUGGCUCUGUUGGCCCCCACAGCACUUGUAUCUAUUGUCCUGAUGGUUGACAGGACGGCUUAGUCCUGCAGCACCGACUGAGGGAGGGGGCAGGGCGGCGGCGGCGCUCUGACGGUUUUUCUUCUACUGAAACGUAGAACCUAUGGGAUGUGUCUAAACGCUGGAAGCAGCCAUUUAAAAGGUGGACUUUAAAAUGUUUGGUCAAUGGACCGGUGGGGUGGGGGUGGGGGGCAACAACAGCCUGAUUGCUUCCUGUGGGGCAAUACUUUGUUCUUGUUACUGUUUGGUGCUUCUUUUGUUUCCUGCUCAGUUUAUGAUCCUUUAUGACUGAUUCCCACAUUUACCCUGCAGGGGGGGUGGGGUGGGGGGGUUGGCAGACGCUCACCUUGUUUCCAGGACUGCCGGCUGGACAGAAGAUUUCCUGCAGGUUAUAAACUCUCAGAGCAGAAGCUGAAGUCAACUCGUUCAUUAGAAACCUAAAAACCCCAAACGGAGGAUUUUAGGUUUAGAGACGUUUACUGGAACUCUGCUUCACUUCCAGUCUGACCCAAGACUGAUGUAACCGCUGUUCACCGUAGAGAAAGGUGGCACUGGGGUGUUCAGUGAUGCAGCCCCCCCUCCGAGCUGUGUGCUCCACCACUUUUUAACUAAAGCACCUCCUCUGAAUUGUGCUUCUAAAUUCUGUUUUCCCUCCUCCAACACCACAGGCUCACUAAUGAGAGAAAUGAGCUGCAUGUUUGCAGCAGCUGACGCAUGUUUGCAGCAGCUGACGCAUGUUUGCAGCAGCUGACGCAUGUUUGCAGCAGCUGCAUCAGCUGCAUCUGCAAACAUCAGGAUUAUCCCCAACAUUGAUGUAAAAAUGCCUCAGCAACGGUUGGACUGAACUAAAACAGAAACGCCGCAGUUUGAGUCAUUUUCUUCUUUAGAUUUAAUGACGAUAAAAACUGUAAUAAUGUAAUUAAGACAAAGAAUAAAAUGAAAAUCCUUUUAUAGAAUUAUUGUAUGAAGGAUUCUGUGUGUUUAUUAUCAGUUUGAAUGAGUUUUAACAAUUAACUGAUUUUUAAAUGACUAUUAAAAUCUAGACAACAUUUAUUUUGAAA